UUCUAUGUCUAAGGGGCAGCAGGUGAUGUCAAGGGUGACACAUUUUGGGAUGACAUUGGUGAUGAAGAUUUAGCUCAUAUGUCCCAACUUGUGGUUCACAAACAAUCCAUCAUAGAAGUAGAAGAUGAUUACAUUUCUCCUGACCAUUCAGUUCGACAGAAAAUACCAGGAAAAUAUGCCAAAUCUCCAUAUUUGCCAGUUUUUGAUUCUGGAGCAUCAAAAUCGGCGCCCAAGCUCAUUUUUGAUAUCAAGCAUCCUUUCACGAUCGAAAUUGAUGAUUUUGAUACAUUGUCGCCAUUGGCUAAAGAGUUUUGCGCGUUUGUUGAUAAUGGGAUGGAUACGAGGCGAAGUGCCAAACAUAUAUAUCCCGAUGAAGUAAAUAAUCUUGCAGAAGGUUUUACUUUUGGCUCGUGUUAUGUGACCAAGAAGGAUUGGUUCCACUCACUUGCAUAUUGUGGUCGACCUUUGAUUGACACGCACCUGGAUGUCCUCUUUUAUUAUUUGAGGAAGAGGGGAAAAUAUGGGCCGAGUGUUGCCAUGCGGUUUACUACAACCAACUUUGCCUUUGGUAACAAAAUCAACUCCCUAUACAAAGAUUUCAAAGUGAAUCAAGAUCCUUCAGUGAUUCCUGACGGGCGUGAGAUAGAAGAGUACAUCAGAGGUUAUUAUUGUGAUGCAAAUGUCCCGUGGCAUACUGUUGACCACGUCUUAUUCCCUAUCUUUGUGAAGCGCGGAAGAGCAAAAUUGGGACAUUGGGUUCUGGGGGUGUUUACGUUCGUAGAUAGAUGCAUCCACAUCUAUGACUCUAACCGCGGAGCUCUUAAUGAUAGACUUGUUUUGGAUGCUGCAUUACCUUAUGCAAUUCUGAUACCUUACUUCUUGAAGAGUUCUGAUUUUUAUGUUCUUCUUUCCUAAUUGUUGUCAUUAAUCCUAUGCCUCUACCUAGUUUGUUACCAUUGUCCAUAUGUACUGCCUUGUUCGGUAUUGCUACUUGUGUAUUUCCCACUAUGUCAUUACUAUUAUUUGCAUUUUGUUUCACCUGGUUGGUAUUGUUAUCCAUAUAU